ACAUAACUACACAACAUGGUUCUACUGGAGAUUUGCUUUGUUUUCAUUGUGAGCAACCAUUUUUCAUCUGUGUCUUCUCUGAAUGAAGAGGGAUUGGCUCUGCUUUCAUUCAGAAACUCAACUUUUGAUGCCGAAGGCUUCCUCCAUAACUGGAACUUCUAUGAUACAACCCCGUGUUCCUGGAAUGGAAUCACUUGUACAGAACAAAGAGUUGUUUCUCUCAGUAUUGAAGACAAGAAACUCUCUGGUACUCUCCACCCUGCACUUGGGAAGCUUGGGUCACUCCGUCAUUUAAGCCUUCGAAACAAUAGUCUUUUCGGAAGCUUCCCAACUGAGCUCUACAAGCUGGUAGAAUUACAAAGCUUGGAUCUCUCACAAAAUGUCUUAAAUGGCAGUAUUCCAGAUGGGUUUGGUUCCCAUUUGACAUCCCUUCAGUAUCUCAAUCUUUCCUCCAAUGUCAUCAACGGUGGGAUCCCUGCAGACUUUGGCAACUUGUCCCACUUGCGAGGCACUCUUGGUUUGUCUCACAAUGUCUUUACCGGCCCAAUCCCUCCAAGCCUAAGCAGCCUCCCUGCAACCCUUUAUAUCGAUCUAAGUUACAAUAAUCUCAGUGGCCAAAUACCACCACAAGAAGCUUUCCAGAACCUUGGUCCAACAGCUUACGUAGGGAAUGCCUUUCUAUGUGGACUUCCUCUCAAUGUUUCAUGUCCACUCAUGGUGCCAACGUCAAACCACGACUCGUGGUUCCAUUGCCCAUCACAUGGGAAAGGUGGAAAAUCUUGCUCCAUAAUCACAGGCUCUGCAAGUAUCAUAGUUGGUUUCUGCCUGGUAAUCCUGGUAGUAUUUUGGUGCAAGAGGGCCUAUCCUUCUAAAGGGAGUGAAAAUGUAGAUGGCUGUAACUUUAGCGAGGCAUUGAUGUUUAAAACAGAGUUUUCUUGCUUCGCAAAACUUGAUGUUGAGACCCUACCAGAAAACAUGGAGAAGUAUAAUUUCGUGUUACUGGAUCGACAAGUCGACUUCAAUCUCGAGCAACUUUUGAAAGCCUCAGCUUAUCUUCUAGGCAAGAAUGGGAAUGGGAUUGUGUAUCAAGUGGUUCUAGAGAAGGGAGUAAAGCUAGCCGUAAGAAGGUUGGAAGAUGGAGCUUAUGAAAGGUUUAAAGAGUUCCAAACUGAAGUUGAAGCAAUUGGGAAGGUCAGACAUCCCAAUAUCGUAGCUCUUUUAGCUUACUGCUGGUCUCUUGAAGAGAAGCUGCUCAUUCAUGAAUACAUACCACAUGGAGACCUGGCCACUGCACUUCAUGGGAAAGCAGAAAUUUCCUACUUCCGACCACUUUCUUGGGCUGAUCGUGUGAAGAUCAUGAAAGGAGUAGCAAACGGAUUGACAUAUCUUCACGAAUUCAGUCCAAGAAAAUACGUCCACGGCGACCUGAAGCCGACCAACAUUCUGCUAGGAAACAACAUGGUACCUUACAUCUCAGAUUUCGGACUCGGACGACUUUCAAAUGCCGCCGGAGAUCUCAGUGCCUCACCUUCAGAGCGAACCCCCGCCGCAACGCCGCGGCGGUCUCCGUUCCGAUCAAACUCCAUGUGCUCCUCUCUGUCAAUAGGGUCCUAUUAUCAAGCCCCUGAAGCCUUGAAGGCGGCAAAGCCAUCGCAGAAGUGGGAUGUUUACUCGUUUGGCGUGAUAUUACUGGAAAUUAUCACCGGAAAGAUGGCGGUGAUUCAAGCGGGUUCGUCGGAGAUGGAGCUGGUUCAAUGGAUUCAACUUGGAAUCGAUGAGGGGAAACGGCCAUCGUGUAUCAUAGAUCCGUCCAUGUGUGGGGAAGUGGACGAGGAAGAAGCUGCGGCUGCCAUUGAUAUAGCUGUUGCUUGCACUCGGAAGAGCCCUGAGAAGAGACCCUGUAUGAGAAUUGUGUCGGAAUGUUUGGAAAAGUUGGCAACAUCACCGUGACUGAAAACUAUGUCAGAGAUGGUCGCUGAUUUGGCUGCUGGAGGCUGAGGGCUUUUGAGUACACAUUUUCUAUAGUUUUAUUUAUUUAUUUUUAAGUAUUAUUAUUUAUUA